AUGCCAUGUUACCAGAGAUCAGGUCUUGCUCACGAUUUUAUUGAGUUAGAUCUUGAUUUCUUGAGCAUGAAGUCGGACAGAGAGGCUGUGCACUCCGCAGCCGAGAUGAGCCGCUAUGCAACUAAUCGACGCCCCGGCGGAUACCAAGAGCGUGUCCAUGCCACGCUGCAUACGCAAGCAGUUUCGGAGGACAACGAGGUAUCUUGUAAUGGAGAGGACGGCUGUGCAUUGAUCAGGAGUGUAGGGCAUUGGAUGGGACACCAUGUCGGUGAGGGCAGACUAGUCCCUACGCCUCCAGUCAUGAUAUGCGCAUCAAUCGCGGGGUGCCAGGUGGUGCAAAUGUGGAGAUGCGAAAGUCAGUCUUCGAUACGCGUCCGCGGCCGUUUAGUGUGGAGACAAACAUCCCAGGACGACCACGAGGCCAUUGCUGGUCCACAGUGA